AUUGUAAACAUAUCCUCUGAUUUGAGUAAUCCUGUCAUUGUUUAGCCAAAAUAAUGUGUCACCAACAGAAAAUGUCUAUAAAAAUGUGAAAUAUCUUGAUGAAAUACAAACAAUUAAGCAUAGUAGCCAUGGCGUUUCAAGGGAAAUGUGCCAAUACGGCUAUGUAUACGGCCAUGAUGGUCGUAAUUCUCUUGCAAUUUUUAAGUACAUUGGAAAGACAAAUAUUUGAUUUCUUGGGAUACAUGUGGGCACCAAUCAUUGCCAACUUCUUUCAACUUAUCUGUGUUAUCAUUGGUGGAUUUGGUACUUACCAGUUCAGGUCAAAGUUCAUCACAUUGUACUCCACAUGGUCAUUGAUAUGGCUCGGAUGGAAUGUGUUUGUCAUAUGUCUAUAUUUAGAAGUUGGGGUUCUUAGUCGAAACAAAGAUCUGUACAUACUAAAUAUUGGUACUAAGAACAAAAGCUGGUGGCUAGAACAUGGUAUUGGUUGUCGGAUAACCAACACAUCCUGGAUAGAUAAUUCACCGACAGAUUCCAGCCGACCAAUUCCACCAGAAGAUGUGGUUGAAGGGUGUCUGCUUGAUUAUUACUAUGUAGAAGUCAUACAUGCAGGUGUACAGGUUUUGUUAGCUUUAAUUGGUUUUGUGAUUUCGUGUGUGAAUGCGUACAUAUUCGUUGAAGAGGAGGAAAGUUGUGACACUUCACACAGGAAAAAAUAUAAAAUGAUGAAGAUGUGUAGCCUGCCUGUUUAUAGAACUUCAAAUGCUAAUGACGAAUUGGAAUUUGUGAAAAUGUAUCAGACCCCAUCACGUCCGGGAUAUGAGAUUGAAAAUCAGACAUUUCAAACUGAACAAGAGACAAAUGACUAUCCAACCCUUGAUCGGCCACCGAGCUAUGAAACCAGCAUGCGUAAUCAAGCUAAUCGUAAUAAUGCUGUCAGCAAUGAUUAUACUUAUGGUGCUGAUAGACAGAGUGUUCGUAGUGUUCGAAGUGCACGAAGUACGCGCAGCACACGAAGUAAAGCAAGUAAUAAAUCUAAAAAUACAAAUCGGCAAUCCUCCGCUACAGAAAGAAGAGAGGAGUUGCCAUGGGUACAGAUUACGCCGUCUCCAAGCAGUUAUGAAUCUCCAUUUCGUCAUUACCCUUAAAGUGCCUCACAGAACCUUCAUAUCAUUUUUUUUUAUCCGUGGACAUUUGUGAUUUAAAUAAGAAUUUUCAAAUGAUUGAAGAUAAAAAUAUUAUUGUUCAUAAACACAGAUUAUUGAGAGAAGCUAGUGAUAUUACUUGAGGAAGUGAUGCUGAGAGCUGAUAUGGAUUGUUUUAUAUCUGAUUUUCAUUGUAUCAUUUCUGUUCAUUGACAAAUUUAAAUCUUUCAAUAUUUGUGACUAACUGAUAGAUAUAAAACACAAUAGAGUUUGAUUGCUUUAUUUCUGUAAACAUGGUAAACACGGAACAUGCUGUACUUCUUUUAGGGAUAAAGAUUGCAUUUAGUACAAUUAAAACUCUGUCAGUGGGUUGAUAACUAUAUCUUUCAAGCCUGAUGGCUACCACCUGAAUUUCAUACAAAAAAGUACUCAGAGGUAAACAUUUUUAAGAUUCUAUCCAUGUCCAUGUCAAGCAAUUUACCAAAAUGCAUACUCUAAUUCCGAUAUUCGAAGUUACAAAAUGAAGAUAAUUAUUUCAUUUAAAAUAACUUAAGGUGGUACCUAACACUACAGGGAGAUAACUCUGUGAAAUCAACUAAACGUUUUAAUGACGUUGUGUUGUAAAGGAAACAUUAAGCUUCUCAAUGAUCAAAAUUGUUGUUUGUCAAACUGCUAUACAAUCAGUGUAAUUUUUCUGACAAAACGUUUGGUUCACGAUUUUUGAAAUUUUUAUUUACUUGUUAAAGGGUCAAAGUAAAUACUUUGUCAAAAUUUUAUGAAAAUUAAACGAGCCAAAUUAAUUUUAGUGAAAGUGUUGGGUACCACCUUAAUUUGGACAAAUAUUUUGUAAAAAUAAAUUUUGAACUUCAAUCGUAUUAUUAAAUAAAGGAAAAUAACUUCAAAUUCAAAAUUGUAACAUUUAAUCAUCAUUAUGGGAGCAAUCUUUAUAUCCUGCAGCGCUCACAAGUACUUUGAUUUUCAAAACUUAGUGUUUCUUCUGUAAAUAUUUUCCUUGUUUACAGUCAUGACAGUGUUUGUAAAAAAAAGAUAACAAGUUUAACUCAUUCACAGAUGGUAGAAGAUUAUUUAAAAUGUUGAAGGAGACUUAAAUGUUAAAUAAUUGAACUUUUUCUUUGUUUUAAAUUGUUGACUUUAUAAAUAUAGUCCCAGUGGUAUGUUAACAUUGACAUACAUAAAUUGAUAUUUUGAAAUGGGACCAUUAUUUUUGUUUUUAGUGGAAUGUGAGAUGCAUUUGUUAUCAGUAUAUAUAUAGAUAGUAUUUUUGAAUGAGAGUUUAUUGAAAAUUUUGAGAGAAAGUGUUUUUCGAAUGGUUGUAGUUAUCUAUUUUCAUGUCUAUGAUAAGAAACAUGAGCCAUAAUUUUGUCUAUUAGGGUUUGAUUUAUUUGAUUAAAAAAACAAAUGAAAUGAAAUCUCUUAUUUCAAACCUGUAAAAUUUGUAUUGAAUGCACCUUGUUCAUACAUGUAGUAAAUGGUAUCUGGUCUUUAAUACAUGUAGAUUAAAAAAAAAAUGUCUUAUUUUUGAAGUAUUCAUCUGUAAGUUCCUUUAAGUUUUCUGUUCAAGAUUUUAAUUCCUUAAUGCAUAAUAAAUAUAUCUUAAUUUCAGUAAUAACUGAUAAUCCUGUAGCCAAGAAUAAGAAAGUAUAUUUUACAUAGUAAAGUGGCAUGAAUGUUUUUUUUAAAUAUGAAUUAUCCAAACAAAUUUCUGUUACCCUGUAUGGAAAAAUCAGCCAUGUUUUGUUUGAUUAUGAGAGAUAAUAUUUAGCAAUGCAAUGAUAAUUUUUUUUUAGUUGUAAAAAUGUAUAAAUGUCUCAAUAAAAUCCAAAUGAAAGAGAUUUUUGUGUCACAGGACAUCUAGGGGUCACAGGACAUCUAGGGGUCACAGGACAUCUAGGGGUCACAUGACAUGUAGGGGUCACUUAUGUCGACUUCAUUCAUCAUCUUCGUCCACAUCAUACUUUUUUUAUCUAUAACUCUGAAAAAGAUUUUAUCCAACUUUGUGUAGAUUUUUCCUUAGGACAUGAAAUUGCGCACCUGCUCAUAUAAUUUUUGAUCUGUGGUGAAUUUGUAAUUUUGCAAUGCCAUUUUAUAGUUAUUACAAGAUGAAAGGCUUGUGUGACAAAAUUCUUGGAAGACUCACAGAUUUUAUUUUAUUAUAAAAGAAAACAGGACUGAAUUAUGAUCUUAAAGAAGAGAACUGGAAUUUUAUAUCUGUCAUUUAUUUUCUCUUACAACAUGAUAAGCACAAAUGUCUGUAAUCAUGCAUAUCAUGAUUAGUACAAGCUACAUUAAUCAUGCUUAUCAUGAUUUAUAUCACUAACUUAAGUAAUCUUGCCUAACUUUUGGCUAUUAAUAAAGAUUCAAAACAACAAGUGCUUGCAUAAUUGUUAAUUCGUAAUAUAUAAUUACAUUUCAAAGAAAAUUGCUUUAAAGAUUUGAACACUAAUCAUACUAUCAAGUGAUCUCAAACUGCAAUAUUAUCUAACUUCAUGAAACUGCCUUUCAUUGAUGAGUAACAAAUUCAAUAUCAAGUUAAGGAUGUUUGCUGCUCAGUUUCAUAACAGAUAACUUUUCAUAAAUCUAGUAUGUAUUGAUAGGGAAUUAAUUAUGGAAUCAAAAAAGGAAAACAAAUAUAGGGGUCAAUGUGCUUGUUUUUCAAGAUAUUAGCCAUUGGAAUUUUGGCGGGAAAGUGUCUUGAUUUUUCUUAGUUUUUAAUUGACCAGUUAAAGUUCUCAAAUACUAUUAAAAAAUAAAUAAAAUUUUAUAAGACUUUUACAAAUGACUUAUAAUUAUACAUGUAAAAUAUUUAUAAAAAGAAAAAUGGGGGUUCAUGGGAUUUUUUUUUAAGGCAUUUAAAUGGAUAAAACCAGAGGAUUCCGAAAAUCUGACAAAAAUUCAAAAACAUGACAAGCAGACAUCCUUAAGUUUUGGUAACUGUGCUUGGUGCAUCUUAUAUGAAUGAGAGAAUUAUGUCUAUACUUUUUCAAUAGAAAGCAUUUAAGUUUUGUGAAAUGUCAUAAUAUGUUAUUUAGCUUUAUUUUUGAAUAUUUGAAGUGCUGACCCGGUAUAUUUUUUAAUCAAACAAUGAUUGGGUUAAUAAUCACAUGUAACAGAAAUUCAUAUAAAAAUGGUACUUAAUAAAAAUGAUGUGAUUUGAAAUAAACCAUCAUUUUGGUUUUAUUUGUCUAAAAAUUCUGAAAAUUUAGUUAUGGGCACCAAUUUAUGGGAUUUUAUAGAAAAUAAAAAAUAAAUUAUUUCAAAGGGAGGUAAUUCAUUUUUUUUGUAGAAAAUAUUUUUAAUUUAUCAAGAUAAGUACAAGCACAAGAUCAACACAGGUCAAGAGUUUAACAAAAUUUUAAAUGAUAUAAACAAUUACACAUAAUACAUUUACAAUGUGUAUUUUUUAAAGAUCUAAAUGUGUUUUGCUCUCUUUUACAUUUGUUUCUGUUGUAAAUGGCAGAAAAGACUAUAGCGCUGUUUCAUUUUUAAAAACAUACAUGGUUCUUAGAGAUGACAAUUUGAAAAAAGAGACUGCAUACAUUUAAAAGUAUGUGGUCACACCCAUCCAUAGUGGCAACUUCCAAAUUGCCUCCCCUUGAUCACAUGUACAAUUUUAUAGAUCGGCCAAUAUUACCAGACAUAAUUUUACAGCUAAUUAAUGCAUGUAGAGCAAUACUCUGGUUAGCUUGCUUGCUUUGUAUGUAUAUUGUACAAAAGUAAUAAAGAUAACUUUCAAUUGAAUUUAACGCUAAUAUUUACAGGUUAAAGUUUGCCUAUAUUUAUUGUUUGAAGAUAUCAAUCAUAAGUACAAAACUUGGGUAAAAGUGUGUAUGAACAAAGCAACCAGCCUACCAAAGUUUUACUCUACAUGCUUUAGGAAAUUAGCUGUAAUGUAAGUUACAAAUUAAGGUUCUUAAUACAGUGAUAUGUAGAACAAAGACUUGCCGUCAAACUUAUUGAACAAUUGUACAUUAAUUGAAUGUUCUAUAUUUAUUUUUAAUUUUAUGUUCACAGCUGAAUAUUUUCAGCCAUAAUCAAGUUACGAUUUUAUUAUAGAAAUUUUAAUUAUUGUACAUUAUUUUGUAAUGUCAAGAAUAAAUUGGUGAUAAAUCAA